AUGCUGGAGGACGAAGGGCAGGCGACUGCACUCUCGCCACUGGACUGGAUCGCCUGCACCAGCUGUCGAACCGACUGCUCAUCCUCAUCGCUCAACCCGGGCGACUUCUACCUCUCGACGUGCGGGCACACGCUCUGCCACGCUUGCAUCGCCUCCAGCACCUCCCAAAAUGCCCAGAGCGACGAACGACCUUGUCCCGCCUGCGGCACGUUCGGCCCCGUCGUCCGCCUCGACCAAGCCAGCGACUUGCAGCCCUGCUUCCGGCCUUUGAGCGACUUGGUAGGCGAGCUGAGCAUGGCGGCAGAGUGGCAGGUCGGAAAUCUGGUCGAGCAGCUCAGGUUCUUCAAGGCCAAGUGUGCGGAGCAGAAGAAGAUGCUUGCGAGGGUCGGGGCGGAGCUGAAGAAGGUCAAGGGGAUCAAGGCGCAAGCCGAGCAGCUCGCGGCCGAGAACGCUCGCCUGAAGACGCAACUCGCUCAAGCGCAAGAGCAACGUUUCUCUACUGCUCAAGACUAUGCUGCACAACAAUACGCUGCUCAAGGUCGCCCAUCUGCUGCCCCGACGCCACGCGGCCAGAAACGCAAGGCAGAGUUUUCGCCCGACGACCGCUCCGCCCUCCCCCUCCGUCCCGCAACACACCUCUCCAAUCUCCCCCAUCCCCCUUCCCACCCCCUCCCUCCCUCAACCGCCCAUCCCCCUCGCUCCGCCUCUUCGGCCUCACAUUCCCUGCCCAACGGUCCUCAGAGGUUGUCGCUCACGCCGCGGAGUCAGAGGGAGGCGAGCGAGAGGGUUAGGAGGAGGGUUGGGGAGAGUUUGAGCGGGAGCGUGGGUGGGAGUGCGAGUGCGAGUGCGAGCGGUGAUAAGAGGAGGGAAGAGAGCGCGAGGGAGAAACUUGCCCGCUUCGCCUACAACCCCUCCGCCUCCGGCUCGCGCGCCUCUCACCGACCCCCUCCCACACCCACCCAUGCUCACGCUCACCACGCCGCAGCGAACGAAGACCCAAGUCCGUUCCAGUUCAAACCGCCCGCCUUGCUCGAGAGGGAGAGGGAGAGGGAGAGGGAGAGGGAGGAGAUGCCCCCUCCGCCUCUGCCUGUGCCGUUUGGUCAUGCGCAGGGAGGAGCGCGAGGUAGUCACGGCGGGUGGGCGGGCACGGACGACGAUAGAGGAGGAAGGAGAGUCGGGACGCCUUUCGCCCCGAUCUCGACCUCGACUUCCUUCCGCCCCUCCUCCUCCUACCAACCUCCUCAACCUCCUCCGACUUCGACUCCAGCCCCUCCUCGCUUCUCCCUCUCCUCCACGCGACCUGCAGUACCAGGAACGCCGAGACCGUUCGUCCCCACUCGCUCUGGCGUUGGCUCUUCCUUCGGUGGAGGGGGAGGGGGAGGAGUAGGGAGGUUCGGGUGA